AUGAUCGCCUUUCUAGCGCUCGCUGUUUCCUGUGUCCUGCUCAGCAACGCAUUUGCACUGCAAAAGAAAGGCUGUGGCCAUGGAGGAGGCGGCUACGGUGGUAGCUUUGGCGGUGGCUACGGGGGUGGCGAUGGUUUCGUAGGUGGUAGUGGCGGUGGUUAUGGCGGUUACAAUGGUUAUGGCGGUGGUUAUGGCGGUCACGAUGAUUAUGGCGGCUACGGUGGUGCCGGUGGUUUCGUAUGUGGUAGCGGCGGAGGUUAUGGCGGCUACGGAGGCGGCGAUUGUUACGUAGGCGGUUAA